CGACCGGACACGUCGGCGGCGUGGCGGCUGCGGCGACCGGAGCCGGAUGUGCCAAGAUGGCUGCUGCGGCUGCCGGGUGUGCUCUCGUCGCGGCCGCCGGGCCGGCUUCUACCCGCGGCGCCUGAGGGGUCGGCGCCGGGGGUCGCGGAGCAGCCGCGCGGGGGCCUUGGCCGCCCCGCGGCGCGCCGAAAGACUUCCAAGGACGGAAACGUUGUACAGCUGCGGAAAUGUGGAGUAAACUCCGGAGUCCUCCUACCAUGGCUCCCUUUGCUGUUUACUCUCCUCUGGGAUUGGUCGACUUCACCUGUUUGUUGUUCAAAUUAAAGAAAACCUAUAUCCUGCUUCUUUCUGUAAGCAGCAUCUAAUUGUGCAAGAGAUCAGACAUGCAGCCGCCACCCCAAGCAGUCCCGGCAGGUGUGGUUGGGCCACCUCCAGCUGGGAGUCCUCAGAGCAUGUUCUGGUCUAACAGCCCAUAUAGGAGACAGACAAACAGUAAUGCACCAGUGGCUCCGAUAACUUGCCCGUUGCAGCCGGUAACAGAUCCAUUUGCUUUUAGUAGACAGGCACUCCAAAAUACAUCGCUGGGCAGUUCGUCCAAAAGCAGCCCGCCUAUUUUGCAAGGCCUCACCCCACCGGUGUUUCUUCAGCGCCCUGGUCUGCCUGUGCCUCACACACAUGCUGGGGAUAGCUCCCAAGGACCCUGUGAGCCUCUGCCACGACCUCUGUCACAGCCCAUGGCAGAUGCCAGUCCGUUUUCCAGUGUGUUGACCCCUUCAGCACUGCCUGGGCCCGAGAUGAACAGGAGUGCUGAGGUCGCUCCCAGCUCAGAACCUGAAGUUCAGGCUCCGCCAUAUCCUCCUCAAUACAUUCCAGGAGCUGGUCCUGACAAUUCUCAUGGGGGCCAUCUGCAUGGGAAUGUGCCUGGGCCCGACAGACCCCUGAGUAGGCAGAACCUGCACGACAGUGCUGUGGCACCAGCAGCGUCCCCUUUCUUCCCUCAGCCUCGUCAGCAAAUGCCAGGGCACUGGGGGCCAGUGCAGGGAGGCCCACAACCCUCAGGUCGACAUUAUUGGCCCUGCCCAGAAGGACCUGUUCCGAACACAGUGUCCCGUUCCUCCAAUGUCUCCCACCUCUCUGCUCCGUCCAACACUCAUCAGGGUCCUGGCCACGAACAACACAACCCACCAGUGUCUUUCCCAGGACCCAUGGCCACUGAUGGAAGAAAUGAGGCGGCUCACCUGCAAGGUGGAAACCACUCAGCCAAUAACUUUGAUCCUGAAGAUGCAUUCAGGCAGAAUUCCAGAGUUGGGAAUACUCAGGCAAGCCAAGAGUUCAAGCUGAAUGCAGGAGUGAAUAAAGAGCAAUUGCCAGAUCCUGCUCUUAUUAAUCCACUUGCUCAGGGAAAUAGCCCAGAAAGCCAUUCGCACUACGCGUCGGGGGCCAGGACCAGCUGGGCCUUGCCAGAAGGAGAUUCGGGAGCGCUCUCCAUGUUUUUCCAAGGGAGAGAGACAGAAAAUGAAGAGAACCUCUCAUCUGAAGAAGCAGGCGCUGCCGGUCAGUCUAACUUUGAUGGUUUCUCCCUCGGCCCUGGACUUGGCCAUCCUCCUGCGCACGUGGGAGCAGGUGGCAUUUAUCAGGCCUUUCUUAAAGGUUCCAGCAGUGAGACUGCGCAGCAGGGAGGAGACAUGCAGCCCUGUUUUUCUCAAUCUAUAAGCGUCCAACAGGAUAAACAGACCACUAAAAACGCUGCCCCGGAUGCGUGGGCUGACACAGCAGCUGCGGGGGCUCCUGAUGCCAGCAGCUCACAGUGCGAGAAUGUUGAGAACUUAGAAUUCAUUCAGAAUCAAGAAGUUCUGCCCAGUGAGCCCCUAAGUUUAGACCCUUCCUUCUCGAGUGAUCAGCUCAGAUAUGGGCCCCUUCCCGGGCCAGCUGUCCCCAGGCUCAGUGUUGUGGGCCAUGCUGGAGGCGGGGGCACAAAUCUUGAGGCCCCAGAUGCGACACUGCACCCCAUGCGAUCUGAUAGCGUGUCAUCCAGUUACAGCAGCAAGAGCCACAGGAGUCUUUCAAGCGCAGCCAGGCCCCAAGACUUGGUGGGCACCUUCAUUCAGCAAGAAGUUGGAAAACCUGAAGAUGAGGCUUCAGGGAGUUUUUUUAAGCAAAUUGAUUCUUCUCCUGUAGGAGGUGAGACAGAAGAGACCACCGUGAGCCAGAAUUACCAUAGCAGCCUGUCCCAGCCCUUGACCCCAAGCCCCCCAAAACCUACGGGAAUGUUUCAGACAAGUGCAAAUAGUUCUUUUGAACCAGUGAAAUCCCACUUAGUUGGAGUAAAACCAGUUGAGGCAGAUCGUGCCAAUGUGGUGGGUGAAGUCAGGGGGACCCAUGCCCACCAGAAGAAGCGCAGACCGGCCACUGCGCCACCUGAUGCCUCCCCUGGCAACCUGGAGCAGCCGCCGGACAACAUGGAGACCCUCUUCAUGCCCCAGGUCUGCCCUCUGCCUCUUACCACACCUAUGGAAGCCUGUCCUGGGCUUUCACAUGCUGGGGGGCCGCUGUUGGAAACUGUGCUGCCAACACCUGAGAAAAGACCCCCGACCAGGGCUCAGGGAGCCAUGAAGUGUGAGAGCCCAGCAACGACUUUGUGGGCACAGAACGAGCUGCCAGAUUUUGGAGGCAACGUCCUUCUAGCCCCAGCUGCCCCUGCACUUCACAUGCCUGGGAAACCUCAGACGUCCGAAGUUAUUCAGCCUCCGGAUGAGGGGGUAUCCGGUCAGCAGUCUCUGCAGAGCAGGGACAGCAUUGGUGCUUUGGAGAAUCUCGAGAAUCCUCCCAAAAUGGGAGAAGAGGAGGCCCUUCCGUCACAGGCAGGUUCUGGUUAUGCCAGUCUGUUGUCCUCGCCGCCCACAGAACCGUUGCAGAGUCAACCAGUCUUGAUCGCCCAGCCUGAUCAAAGCUAUAAUUUGGCUCAGCCCAUUGAUUUCUCUGUGUCCUUAUCGAAUCCUAAUGAGAAGACUCAGUCCUGGAGAGAUGCUUUGGUGGGGGAUAAAUCCACGAUAAGCAGCUGGGCUGUCGGGGGUGAUUCUGGAGAAAAUGCUCCUUUGUCUGGACCUCCAAGCGGCUCUCUCAUCUGCUCACCUCUGCCUAACAAUCUUGCCCAAAGUAAUUUUCCACAAAUUUCUGGUACUUCUGAAAUGGUUUCUAAUCAGCCUGCUAAUUUGCUGGUUCAACCACCAUCUCAUCCAGCUCCGAAGAACUUGCUUCCAGAAAGUCCAAAGAUUCAUUCUCCAGAGAAGGUCUUCCCUGAGUUGGUGAAUAGCCCGGCUGGCAGCACAGGUGUGAUGUUAGUGCCACCUGCAAACAGCACCUUGGUGCCUAACAGUACUAGGGUACAGCACUCUACUCAUCAGGAAGAAACUUCGGGAGCCUUGGACUUUACGUUAAAUAGGACUUUGGAAAAUCCUGCAAGAAUGUACAGCCCAUCCCAUUCUGAUGGUCCAGCCUCUUGUCAGCAAACCAUCACCAAUCAUCCCAGACCCCCUGGGCCUGAGGUGCAUAGCCCAGACCAUUUCUACCAACAGGUGACGAAAGAUGCUCAGGACCCGCAUGGCCUAGAUAGAGCCCAGCAGGAGCCAGUGCCUCCUCCCCUGCAAGGGCCCAAAGCAACAUUUCCAGAACCUUCAAACCCAGAAAGUCCACCAGUGCAAGGACAGCCCCACAAUUCAGCCCAGCCACCUGCAAGUCCAGCUCCAGCUGACACGGGUCAGCAGCUGCUACCUCGGCCCCCUCUGUCCUCCAGCGCAUCGGUUGUGUCCACUAACUCAAGCCAGGCAGCCGUACGGUCAGACCAGCAGUGGCUGCAGCCGCUGCCUCCAGACUUAGCGUCCUACUACUAUUACAGACCCCUGUAUGACGGCUACCAGUCCCAGUACCCCUCGCUGUACCCACCGGAUCCUGGCUCAGCCCCCCUCUAUUACCAGGACAUCUACAGCCUCUAUGAGCCCAGAUACAGGCCCUAUGACAGUACAGCAUCUGCCUACACCGAAAACUACCGCUACCCUGAGCCUGAGCGGCCCAGCUCCCGGGCAAGCCACUGCUCGGACCGGCCGUCUGCCAGGCAAGUGUAUCCUCAAGGCUACUAUAAUUCCAGAAGUGGAUGGAGCAGUCAGAGUGAUUGCUAUGCAGAUUAUUACUCCAGCCAGUACGAUUAUGGAGAUCCAGGUCGCUGGGAUCGGUACCAUGGUUCUAGAUUCAGGGAUCCCCGCUCCUACGACCGGAGAUAUUGGUAUGAUGCCGAAUACGAUCCAUAUAGGAAAGAAAGUUACGCUUACGGCGACAGGCCUGAGAAAUACGAUGACCGCUGGAGGUACGACCCUCGCUUCACUGGGAGUUUUGACGAUGACCCUGAGCCCCCAAGGGACCCUUACGGGGAAGAAGUGGACAGGCGCAGUGUUCACAGCGAGCACUCAGCACAGAGCCUGCGGAGCGCAGCCAGCGUGCAGAGCCGCCGCAGCAGCUUCAGCUCCCACUCGCAUCAGAGUCAGGUAUACAGAAGUCACAAUCUGACGGCCGGUUCCUAUGAGGCGCCGCCUCCACCAGGCUCCUUCCAUGGCGAUUAUGCAUACGGCACCUAUGGCAGCAAUUUCAACAGUGCCCAGGGCUUCCCAGAGUACGGCUACCCCACUGACGCUGGCUGGCCCACCGUGGAACAAGCUCCAUCAAGACCGACUUCUCCUGAGAAAUUCUCAGUGCCUCAUGUCUGUGCCAGGUUUGGACCUGGGGGUCAGCUCCUUAAAGUGAUUCCAAAUCUGCCUUCGGAGGGACAGCCCGCAUUGGUUGAAAUUCACAGUAUGGAGACCCUGCUGCAGCACACGCCGGAGCAGGAGGAGCUGCGGUCCUUCCCCGGGCCUCUCGGCAAAGAUGACACCCAUAAAGUGGAUGUUAUUAAUUUUGCACAGAACAAAGCUACAAAAUGUUUGCAGAACGAAAGUUUAAUUGACAAAGAGUCUGCAAGUCUUCUUUGGAAUUUUAUUGUUCUGUUAUGCAGACAGAAUGGGACCGUGGUGGGAACAGACAUUGCGGAACUUUUGUUGCGAGACCACAGAACAUUGUGGCUUCCUGGGAAGUCACCCAAUGAGGCCAACCUGAUUGAUUUUACUAACGAGGUCCUGGAGCAGGAAGAGGAGUCUGGGGAGGCUCAGCUCUCCUUUCUCACUGACAGUCAGGCAGCCACCACCAACACUCUUGAAAAAGAGACUGAGAGGUUCAGAGAGCUGCUACUCUAUGGCCGUAAGAAGGAUGCUUUAGAGUCUGCGAUGAAAAAUGGCUUAUGGGGUCAUGCUCUCUUACUUGCAAGUAAGAUGGACGGCCGGACACACGCGAGAGUCAUGACCAGGUUCGCCAACAGCCUUCCCAUCAAUGACCCACUGCAGACGGUCUACCAGCUGAUGUCGGGCCGCAUGCCUGCCGCGUCCACGUGUUGUGGAGAUGAGAAGUGGGGAGAUUGGAGGCCACAUCUUGCUAUGGUUUUGUCCAACUUGAACAACAAUAUGGAUGUGGAAUCCAGGACAAUGGCCACGAUGGGUGACACUUUAGCUUCAAAAGGCCUCUUAGAUGCUGCACACUUUUGCUACCUCAUGGCCCAAGUUGGAUUUGGGGUUUAUACAAAGAAAACCACAAAACUUGUCUUAAUUGGAUCAAACCACAGCUUGCCGUUUUCAAAGUUUGCGACCAAUGAGGCUAUUCAGAGGACAGAAGCCUAUGAGUAUGCUCAGUCCCUCGGGGCACAGACCUGCCCCCUGCCCAGUUUCCAGGUGUUUAAGUUCAUCUAUUCUUGCCGCCUGGCUGAAAUGGGGCUUGCUACCCAAGCCUUUCAUUACUGUGAAGUGAUUGCUAAGAGCAUCCUGAUGCAACCCCACAAAUACUCCCCGGUGCUGAUUAGCCAGCUGGUCCAGGUUGCUUCCCGGUUACGACUCUUCGAUCCCCAGCUGAAGGAGAAGCCGGAGGAGGAGUCCUUUAUGGAGCCCGCCUGGCUGGUCCAGCUGCAGUGUGCAGAGAAGCAGCUCAAGGAGGGUACUGCGGUGUGGACUCAGGAUGGAGCCUUCCCCCAGCGCUGUCCCAGCACACCAAGCUCCGAGGGGGGGCAGUAUGACGGCCCAGGACUCGCUCAGCCGGCCGGCCUGGGCACUGACAACCCACUGCUGGUGCCGCCUGUGCCCAGUGCUGACCACUUGGGCCAGGGUGUGCGGCUGCUGCCAUCAGCUCCACCGACGCUCCCCGAUGGCCAGCUGGCCAUCCCUGCCAGGGUGCCAAUGUUCCCGGUGCCGCCGCCCCCAGGCCCUGUUGAGCGGGGGUCUGGCUCUAGUCCCCCAGGAUCUGCACUUGGCUUUCCAGAGCCUUCUGGGCCUGAUCCUGCAGCUCUGUACCCAGGGCCUGGCCUGCCACCUGGUGUACCAUCUCUCCAGGAGAGUGAGCCCCUGCUGAAGGAGGCCAGGAGCCAGGACCCAGGAGUGACACCACAAGAGGCACCCCCUAGAAACUCACUUUCGGAGCUAAGAGAAGAGGAUUUUGGUGGAAAAUUUGCUAAUCCGGGCUCAUCCAGGAUGUCGCAGGACUCUGAGAUCCCCCCAGUGUGGGAGUGUGCCAGCUCGGGUGCUCUGCAGCCUCCUCCGCCUCUGACGUCCACUCCUGAAAUGAAGAGACCUGUACAAACAGCCAGAAAAGAGGCCAAGGAGCCUAAGAAGAGUAGUGAAUCCUGGUUCUCUCGUUGGCUACCUGGAAAAAAAAGGACAGAAGCUUAUUUGCCAGACGACAAGAACAAGUCGAUUGUCUGGGAUGAAAAGAAGAACCGAUGGGUGGAUAUAAAUGAGCCCGAAGAGGAGAAGAAGCCUCCACCCCCGCCUCCAGCUGCGCUUCCCAGGGCUCCGCAAGCUGCCCCUCCUGGUCCUGGAGGGCCCCCCAGAGCCUCGGUGAACAUGUUCUCUAGAAAAGCAGCUGGCAGCAGAGCGCGCUACGUGGACGUGUUAAACCCAGGGGGGCCCCAGCGGAGUGAACCAGCUCUUGCUCCUGCAGAUUUUUUUGCUCCACUCGCCCCGCUGCCGAUUCCAGCUCACUUGUUCAGCCCAAACUCAGAUGCAGAGGAAGCACCGCCUACAGAGGGGGCCGGCAGGGAAGGGCAGGUCCCAGCAGUGGGGCCGGCUGAUCCAGAGCCUGCCUCGGAACCCAAGGCACUGAGUUCUGCGGCCUCACUCCCUGGCACUGAACCCCCGCGCUCGCACCUGGACGGCUCCCAGGGCGGAGAGCUUUCGCGCUGUAGCUCAAUGAGCUCAUUAUCGCGUGAAGUCAGCCAGCAUUUUAAUCAGGCUCCCGGUGAUGCCCCCCGUGUUGGGGGUCCCUCCGGAGGAGCAGUGCCCUUCUACAACCCUGCUCAGUUUGCACAAGCCCCCGCCACCUUGGGAAGCUCCAGGACGGGGAGGAUUGGCCAGAGGAAACACCCAGCACUGAGCUAGAAUAGUCCCUGUUCUGGAGUAGCAUUUGAACCCUGAAAUUAUCCUCCACCAAGAACUCGGGCUGACUGCCUGCGACCUCCGCCUGUUCCCGGACAGACACUGCGGUGACUCAAAGUGGCUCUCCUUGGCGUCGCCCUCCUCAGCUCCUGUCUUUAGAAAGUACCGCCAUAGUUAGUUCCACAGGUCCUGUAAGAUGCUGAUGAAGAGAGGCAGUCCUUUACCUGACAGCCUCACUGCUGACCCAGCGCUCUUAGUCAUCUGAGAAUGUCACACUGGGUGAAAUGGGAAGCGUCUCUGCCGCAGGAGGAACCUUGCUCUUCAGUACCCAGGGUGUCUCUCAGAACCUCGCAGUGAAUCACUGGUCCCCUGGUUCCUUAGGAUGCUGGAAGGCAAGAGUGACCUUUGACUCAGGAGAGAGAGGCAUGAGCACCUGCCAUCCAGCCAAAGGCAGUCAGCCCCCUGCUCCCGCCGUGUCUGAACCAGGAGAACGGCUGGCGGGUCGUAGGUUCUUCAGCAUCUUAGAGGACACAUGGAGUUAAUUUAGCACCAAUCCCUUAGGUUCCGAGAGAGGCCCUGGGUGCUGAAGUGCAUUUCUCUCCUGUAGCAAUGACGUUUCCAGCUUCACUGAAUUGUCUGUGGCCUGAUUAGGACCAUGAGGAGUUUCAUGCCACCAAAGGGACUGGCUUUGCACAUCCGUGAGGGACGGCUCCACUGCUGGGAAAGGGCUGCGACAGAGCUCGUGUUCUGAGUGUGACUGAUCCAGAGUCCUCGCCAGUGUUCACCUGGGGCUGUGACUCAUUUGAUUCGGAUGCUUUUACUGUGCGCACGGCCUGGUUGGCCGCGUUGUCCAGGACACUGUAUGGGUUGCCACGCUCUUUCUAAAGUGGCCAAUACUGUACUUUGCCAUGAGAGGUUUUCCUAGGGCAAUCCAGUUGACUUGCUUUCUCUCACCUGGUUGACAUCAUUUAAGGAGCUGGUAACAUCUUGAAGAAAGUGGCUUAAAAUAAUUCCUUGACAGAAGCUCUGGACUGUGAUAUCUCUGCCCGUGAGUUGUUUCCGCAGUGGGAUCGUCAGUAGCUCAUUCGUUGACUCAGCCGUACGAAACCGCGGAGGGAGACCUCCCCUUCCGGACUCCAAGCUUUAAGGCUUCCUCGACUGUUCUUAAAACCGUGCACAUUCUUGUUAAGUCUAAAGAGACCGAAGAAAAGAUUUCAAUGUUUAUUAAAAUCAUUAGGAAACAUUUCUGUAGGUUCUGCUGGGGGUGCAUAGUCUGCCUGGCCCUUUAAAUCUAAGUGUAGGGAUCGUGUAAAUGUGGGGUUAGCCCAGGUCCUUCCCAUUUUCCUGGUUCACCUGAUCACCUAAGAAAGACCCACAGACGUUUUCCAAAAUGUUUCACAGACUUGGUGACCGGAUCCAUUUGUUCCUGUCACUUUGAGAAAGGCCAGCCUUGCUGACGGGCAGUCUCCUGUGCCCCGUGGUCAGCUCUGUGUGCUUCCUUGGACCCGAAACCCUCCCACCGCCCUCGGCUUCCUCCGGUCCAGCCCUGCCCUUUGUUCUCUGUCAACUGCCAGCCACUUUUGAUCCAAGAAGCUUCCUCUGAGGCGGGAGCUGCUAUUUUUUCCUAACUGCAAAUUGUUAAAUAAAAUAUUUUGCGCUCUCAA